AUGGGAUCCUCGGUGGAGCUUGCCUGCUGGUUGCUGGUGGUGGCCUCUCUGGGAGGUAGGCAGCUGGUGGCGGGGGGGUGCGCGGGGAAAUGCUGCCGGGGCCGAGACCUGAGCUGCUCGGCCACCGACUGGAGGAUGGACCGCGUGUACGGGACGUGCUACUGCGAUGAGGGCUGCGUCAAAACCAAAGACUGCUGCUUUGACUACUUCACAGAGUGCCCGGCCCAGGACUGUGCUAUGGGCGGCUGGAGCGUGUGGAGCGGCUGUGCCAGGCCCUGUCGGCCCUCUCUGAGGGUCCGCGUUCGCCAGGUAGAGCGGCAGCCCGGCAACAGCGGCGAGCCCUGCCCCGGCCGGCAGGAGCAGGCCGGCUGCCGGGAGUACAGGGACCACCAGGGCAGGCCCUGCGGACACAGCUCAGGUCCUGCGUUCAUCACCAGCAUGGAGUUUGGCAAAGGAAGGCCGAAGCAGGACAGCCAUGGAAACCCCCUGGACCCUGGAUUCUGCAUGGAAUUCGAACUGGAAUCCCGAACACCACACUGCACAGUGGAGAACCGGCCACACACACUCUGGAUGCGCUACAUAACUGAAGGGUUCAAAGUGUGUGUGGCGUGUGAACCCCCUGCCUUGCGAAACAAUAGUGGCAGCUGCCAAGGAGACGGCCAGGAAUCAGACAAGGACGCUGUGCUGGGCUGGCAGGCCGUGGGGAAUCCUCAGUGCAGCGGAACGUGGAAGAAGGUCCAGAAAACUCAGCGGUGCACCUGCCCACCACAGCACAGCUUUAUCUUCAUCUGAUCCUCAGAAAGACUCGGUUGCAAUUUGAAAAAAAAUAAGUAAAAAGCCCUGUUCAUCAGGAGUUCAUAUCAGCCGCAAGGAUUUACAAGCAAAGAAGAAGACGGACGCUAAAAU